AUGUUAGGAUAUCUUGGUGGAUGUAAAAAAUAUGGUCGUUUCUAUAGAAAUGAACUUGAAAAAGUUGUAAAAAUAUUAAAUCCAAAAAAACCUUUAUCAGAAGAAUUAAAUAACCAAUUUAAUGCAUUAGAAGGAGAGUCAUAUGUUAAAUUUCUUGGGGUUGUUUAUGAUUGGGUUGAUAUAAUGUUAAAAGAUCUUCAGUCACAUCAACCAGUUGGUGAAAAAGUUAAUUUAAAAAUUUCUGGAUUUGUUCCUGUUGAAGGAAGAACUGAAAUGAUAGACAUUUUGCAACCAUUGUUAUCUACAGUUAUUCAGUCUAAAUAUAAAAACGAUGUAUUUGAACAAUUUAUUUAUUUUGUCAUUAACUAUAAGAAAAGAAGACUUAUGAGAAAGGAUGAAAUUCAAUUCCUUAUUGAUUUUUUAAUAAAAUAUCCAAGUAUGAAAGCUGUAAAAAAUUCAAAUGAUGAUACUUGUUAUUUCCCAAUUCUUUAUGAUGAAUUUAUUGAAUAUGUUCAAAAUAAUCACAAAUAA